AUGCAAAACAAAUAUCAAGAACUACUAGGAGUAUCAUAUGCAAAUAUAAGAAAAAUAGAAGAUGAAGAUGAAAUAGAAAACCAAAUGUUCCAACAACAACAAAUAAGAACCAAACCAAAACCAAUAAUAUUUCUACCAAAGAAACCAUAUCACGACUUAUACAAACCAAAUGAUAACAGACCAAGAACACCACCUCCAAAAAUAACAAUAG